AUUUUCCCUUUAUCCUGCUUGGCCUUCUCAGAGCAAGACUACACUACCUUGCUACAUUGGCACAGCUGCACCGAUGCAACUGUGCUGCUGCAGCGUGUCUGGUGAAGACGCGCUACGCAGAUGGGAAAGCGUUCUCCCGUUGGCAUCAUUACUCCACCUACGCAAGAGACGGAAGCUAUGUCAGCAGGAGAGUGUCUUGAUAUAACUUACUUUGCUCAGGGGGGUGUUGUUUUCAUGCCCCUGAGCAACAUAAGUUGCAUCAACUUGAUGGUAGCAACAUGUCUGGUCGGGGCAAAGACGGCAAAGGACUCGGAAAGGGGGGCGCUAAGCGCCAUCAGAAGGUACUUUGCAAUAACAUUCAAGGUAUUACCAAACCGGCUAUUUGGCGUUUGGCUCGUCUUGGUGGUGUCAAGUGGAUUGGUGGGUUGAUCUAUGAAGAGACCCAUGGCGUGUUCAAAGUUUUUCUCGAAAACGUGAUCCGCGAUGCUGUUACUUACACUGAACAUGCGAAGCGGAAGACUGUGACAGCCAUGGAUGUGGUUUACGCUCUAAAACGCCAGGGUCAUACUCUGUACGGAUUCGGGGGCUAAGCCUUUCUUCUGACUCGCCUUUAAAACCAAACUUAAAUGGUAGUGUAGAUCAGCCCACAAUGUUACUUCUCUCUGCCAGCGUGACUGAAUGAGCUGAUCAGACCUCUUUAUGCACACUGUUCAUAGGGUCUUCAUGCUGGCCUGUAAAAUAAGCAUUUCUUACAGAUAAGACACUAAUAAAAAAUAAAGGAAGUUUGUGGAGCAGCCUGGUGGCUCUGUGGUUAGUGACUAUUUGUUUCCUUAUGCUUCCCUUGUCUGUCUGUGUCUUCCUGUUGACUCUUUGUUAUACUUAGAUGGUAAGAUCUUUGGGGCAGGGAAUAUUUUUUGUGUUUGUACAGUGCCUAUCACAAUGGGAUGCUGGUCCGUGACAGGGGUUUCUAGGAGCUGAUAGGCUGCCAAUGGAGAUCCAUCCAGCUGUGUGCAAUGAAAAGUGGUAAUCUCAAAAGAGGAAGGUGUCCCAUUGAUAUCACUGUUCAUGAAGCCCUACACUGUAGACUAAAACUCUGUCAUAGCUACUCCUACUUUCCAAGGAGGACAGGAUGGGAAUCCUGUCAGAGACUAUCAAUAUUGCUCCUUAACUGAGCAAUAUGUUCAUUAUUAGGUAAAUGAGUGGGCUCCUUGUCUCUAGGUGUUGUGUGUAUUACUUUUGCCUACACUGGGAAUCAUAGACUGGGACCAGAAAUAAAAUUCAAGCCUCCCAAAUGGCAAUGGGAAACAUCUGUCUACAGGGAACUGACCAGCCUUCAUUUCUAUUUGUAUUUUUUUCUCUUAGUUUUUGCAUGCCAGGUCAAAUGGUUUGGCUUCUUCUGAUACUUUUUGGCUCUUUCUGAUGCUUGAAUUGGCUUUUCCUUUGGCUUUGUUUCCUGCCUGACUGACAAGCAAUUUCCUAAAGGAUGGACAUGUUUUUGUCUUUAUCCUCAUUAUACAAAGGCCCUACAAAUAAUUUAAAUCUUAAUAGAAACCUCCUCCGUGAAGGUACUGUCUGUCUUCCUUUGCACUACAAAAGGCCAAAAUUAAAGUUAAUGCAAAAAGUUUGUUCAUCCAGCCCCGGACAAUGAAAUAAAUUAUUUGACGUGGACACAAAGAUACCGAUGUAAUUUUGGAAAGUAAAUUAACUAGGCUAGAAAUGUUUUUUUAGCAUAAAACCGUGAAAGGAA